UCUGUGGAUUCUGCAUCUUGUUUGUAAUCGGAGCUCUGUUCCGGUAUAUCUGCGAAGCCAGAAACCUGUACGGAACAUUAUCAGUGGUAGGGCCAGCGUUUGUGAACAGGGAGGUUACACUGAAAGCGACACCCUUCUACCCUUGGGAAUGUGACAUAGAAUGGAAAUACAUUAUGGAAGGCGGCAAACAACUUCAAACAAUGACUGGGCCAAAUGUUAUAAGAUAUUCGGAGGAUGGGUCCUUCUUUUUGAAAUGGGUUGCUUCAAUUGAAUACAACAGAUCUUACUUUUACGCCGGAUGUUCAGCAAACACAACAAUAAGAUCAAGCUUAAUAGCUUUAAAUGUGAAAGAGCCACCGAGUUACCCAAUCAUCGGUCCAAAGUCCGCCGACUUUAAUACAACAGAAUGUAUAUAUGUUUAUAAAGAUUCCGACAUAUAUUGUCAGACUGAAAAUGGAACAGAACCAGUACAAACAGUACUUUUACUGGGACAGGAAACAUUUGUUCUUGCUGAAAGCGAAUGGAAGAAAGGGUUUUACAUAUUCCGUAACAUUUACCAACAAAUGGACGGACUGUCGAGACGGAAUGUGACGUGUCAGGUUUCAAAUGCAGCCAUUGAAACACCUUCCGAAGUACACGCCAUUCUAUGUAACGUAGAGAAAGGUAGCCCACCCGUUCUUACAGUUCCUGAAUUUCUUGACGGUGAAAGCUCGACAAUAACCUGUAUAGUGCACAAUGCUAUCCCAGCACCGGUAAUAGAUAUACGUGUUGGCAAUGUUUUGCUAUCUGAUGCUCUACGAACUGAUUUAUUUAAUGGAUCUUCUCAUAAAUUUACAAGUACAGCUAAAGUGACUAAGACUAACAAAUUGUGGAAUGGAAAAGAAAUGUGUUGCACCAAGAAAAGUUUUGAGGACUUUGGAAUAGCAGAUCAUUCCAUAUGCAAAAACAUCAGUAUCAAAUAUCCGCCGUCGAACAUUUCAAUGUCCGUCAAAACAAUACAACAAAAAUACAACGAAAGUGAUAUCUGUUUUAUAAACCUUUCUUGUGAAACGAAUGAAUCAAAUCCACCUUGCGCAAUUGUUUGGUCAAGCAACAGGAAUGAUUUACAAUAUACUGCAUUAAGUAAUGAGACUAUUGUUGAACAUGGGAGUUACCGUUUUGUUUCCAAUGCGAUUUACAUAGUGACUAAAGGCAUGGCUGGGGGAACCAUUACAUGUUCCACAAGAUGCGAUCAUUUCUCAGCCCAUUUGACUCAAAAUUAUACCGUAUCAUUUUCAGGUAGUCAUUCCCAUGAAAAGGGCAUUCAGACAUUGUUUUCAACAUUCCGAUCCCCAGUGAAGAAUAUACUUAUUGCAACUGCCGUUUUCUGUGGACUCUGCAUCUUGUUUGUAAUCGGAAGGUGUAUAUUUCUUAAACGACGAAAGGACAACGCAGUCAACACCAUAGAAAUUGUUGAAAAUCACAGCGACACGGCGUCGGACAAUGGUUUGCUACACAUGGAAACGGAAGGAGUCCAGUACGCAGUCGUGCAGAGGCAGGCGGCAUCACAGAGCAUUGAAAUGCAGCAGCAACCACGUGAUGACGACGGCCUAGCGUACGCCGAGUUGGACAUCACGUACCUACAGGAAGCAAACGUCAAAGUUCUGGCAAGGAGAACAAAUACGCCGACGGAGUAUGCUGACAUUGAGUUCUGUUCAACACAGAAACCUGCUUUAGAAGAUCUUGUGUCCCACAAUGCAUCAGCGUGAUGCUAGAUCAAAGACCAAAAGAUGAAGACAAAAUAUACCGCCUUAUUGUAUUGUUUUUAUAAUGUAUUCACAAUUAUUAUGUUUGAUAUGUAUACGUCUUCUUUUGUAUUCUAUAUUAAAAUAAAUAUUGCUUAAACCAAGGACAACAUAACUAAAACCACUAUUAGGACUAUUAAAAUUAAGCAUAAGUAUUGUUUCCUGAAUGUUAUUAGAGACUAGUGAAAAACUCUUACUUUAUAAUAUAUUUACAUACUAUAAAGUCAUUAAUUUUUACUAUUAAGUGAUUUGAAUAGCCUACACAUUAAUCGCUUGCGCUGUGCUUGUUGUAUUAGUUCAUUGUUUUGUUACUAAAAACAGUCUGCUUUAGCUACCCAGUAUGUCUCUAUAAAUGGAAACUUUCAUAUGUACAAGAAAUAAGCGGCAUGGCUGCCUAGCGGAUUUCAUAUUUUUGAAAUACUCUAGCAAUUACAUACAUUUGGUUUUAACUGAAUAAGGAGCUAAAAACUUUUUUCCAGUCUCAUUAAAAAGGUAUUAUUAAACAAUUUUAUCUGGAUAAAAAGGUAGUUUGAUUGGCCUAACUGAACGCUAUAAAUGAAGAAAUGCCCGACUGCAAUGAUCUACAAGUCGUGUAAUGGUUUUAAAAGGAAUUUAGAAAACAUGCAUUUUGAAUGUUGUAAUCUGAAAGCAUGCGUAUACACUUACGAAAUCAUGUCAUGACGGGAAAAGUUAAAAGUGCUCUUGGCCUCAAAAAUACUGCAUCUAAAACAAAUUAUAGUGUUACUUUUUAACGGUGGCCGCCUCUUUUACCAGCGAUCACAUUGUGAUUUAUAUAUUGAUAAUGGUGGCCAAUUCAUUUUCGCUCUUUUAA